AUGACACCGGAUGGAGUGCUUUUUCUCUUGCCCGCUUACCAGAUGUACAAGGCCCUCGAGGCGGGAUAUCAGAUGGGCCUCGAAUCUCUAAACGAAAACCUCGGAGAGGUUCGGGCCGAGCUAGUCUUCGCGCAACGUUUGCUUCAGUUCAAGCCCCCGCUGGAAGAGCUGCGUGCCUCCUACUACCGAGACACCAAGAAGUUCGUGAGCAUCCCGAACUUCUUCGAGGGCUUCGGCAACGUGAAGGUGUACCAUAAAAUGGCAGCCGCCAACAGCGAGUCGCUCCUUCGCGUGUACGAGAAAGCUGAGGGCAUCUUCGAGCGCCUUGCCGCUCUCGUGGAGACGUACAAGGGCUGGACGGUGCUGGGUCAGGUAGACCUCGACAGAUUCGUCGACUCCCACGUCGCGACGGCGCAGGAGUUCGAGGAAAACUUCAAGGCCGUAAAGAUUCGCAGGAGGGAAGCGGAAAAGCUGCCCGAGAUAAUCAAGGUAGUGCGCACAACUCCCUGGUUCAAGAAACAAGACAGAUUCCUGAGUAUGAUGACCAAAAUCUAA